GAAUUUAAAUGCCCAAGAAGACGUUUCCUGUAACGUACUUUUUCUAUGUUCGUUCCUAGCUGUGUGCGUCGCAUCGCUAUCGUUCGCUUGGUGCCGGGUUUCGUGAUUAAACAAACGAAUCACUCGUGAUUAGAAAGAAACAUCAGCCCAAAGUAGCCAGUGUGGUUGGCAUUGCAGUUCAGAUCGAGGAUUUUUAUCAAGUUUAUAUAAAAGAAACACACUAAAAGGAUAUACAAAACAUAAUGGAGUCAUCAACAUCCAUGGACGAUGAUGCAUUCCAUAAGAUACAUUUGCAGAUGCAGACGAUCUGUACGGCCGGCUUCAAACGUAUGUAUGAGCUGUGGAGUGAAAUGUUCGACAGAAACACUUGCUUGGAUUACAUCGAACGGCUACCGGAACAUAUGACAUCAUUUUUCGAGGAAGUGUAUGAAGAAAGCUUCCAGCGAAAGCUGCGCUUUGUUACGGAAAUAGCACAGUUAAAGCAGGAAUCCCAAAAUUUGCAGCGUCUGCUUGGUGAGCAGCAUCCUUGUUUGCCUGCCGGUUCUGAAGCAAAGCCACUGCUACAGCAACAUGCAGCACUAGAUGCGAGUCUUGAGCAGAUGAGACGGAAGCUUAACGAACGGCAUGAAAUUAUCAAUGAGUAUUUGCUCGAGAUGGAAACGUUGUGUGAAGAACUCACCGAAGAACCACAAACGCUGUCGAAGGAUCCACUGCCAACGGCACACGAGUUAACCGAGUUCCGCUCGUAUCUCGAUCAUCUAAUGGCAGAGAAGUUGCGGCGUUUGGACGAGAUUACAGAUCUGCGGCGUGAAACGAAAAAACUCAUGAGCUGUCUGGAAACGAUUUCGUUGUCCGAUGAGCAUCAAAGGUUGCUGAAUGCACGGAAGUUCCCGCCGACACGUGAAAACAUGCACCGACUGCGUAUGCUGCACGAGGAAACGGUAGCGCAGUACGAAAGCCUCAAGCAGCACAUCGACGACGUACGGCGUAAGCUGGAACGGUUGUGGCGUUGUCUCGAAACCGAUCCGGCCGUGGUGAAAAAGUUCGAAAAGCUAACCUCGUACACGCAGACCACCUUCGACAAGCUGUUCGCCGAGCACGAUCGGUGUGAAACGUUGCGGCGCGAAAAUAUAAAAACAUUCAUUGAGCGUACCCGGUAUGAAAUCACCGAAUGGUGGGAACGCUGCAUGAAAUCGAUCGACGAGCGAGCCCGUUUCAGUACGUUCUACAUGGAAGAAUUCAACGAAGACACGCUGAAGAUUCACGAGCUCGAGCUAGAAAAUUUGAAGACGUUCUACAAUGAGAAUGAAGCGAUCUUCCAGAUGGUGCACCAGCGUCAAGAAAUGUGGGACCGAAUGUUGGCGCUCGAGAACAAAUCGAACGAUCCGACACGGUACAACAAUCGCGGAGGAAAGCUGCUAGAGGAGGAAAAGGAACGGCGGCGGAUCAGUUGCCAGCUGCCAAAGAUCGAAGCGAAGCUGCUGGAAACAUGUAAGCAGUACGAGGAAGAGCAUGGGCGCCAGUUUACCGUGUACGGCACGAGUGUGCAGGAGGUGAUCGAACAGCAGUGGAAGCAGCGAGAGGAAAGCAAACAUCAAAUCUCAAGCGCACGGAAGAAGGCGAACGGUAUACUGGGUAUGUCAUCCGUCGGCCGCACACCAGGACGUGGUGGUGAUUCGAUGAUUAAAUCAUCGUCCAUCAUGGGAAGCAAUCGAUCGCGUCUAAUGGCAGGAGGAGGUUCCACCAUGAAAGCGCCGAUUACACCGCUGUUAGCCAAAUCUGCCACAAAGGCGGGUUCUUACCUAAAGCGUAAAAUGGCCACACCGACAAACAAUACCAUGCACGCUAAACGAUCGCUUCUGCGCGAGCUGAACAGUCCGGUGCCGCACGGUACAUCCGCCAUCAAUCGAACGGGAACGAAACUUGCAAUCGCAAAAACUGCACCGGGUAAAGUGCCAGCUAUCAAGGUGUAUGACACCAAGACAGGAAACUCAGCUGCCCAGAAGCGGCGAUCGCGUCGAAAAUCGCAGGGAAAACGACGCAGCGUAUCGAUGGCUAAAGUCCCAUCGGUGACUGUAACCUCCGAAGAUGGAACUAUUCUGCAGGAAUCGGUGUGUUACGAAAAAAUUGAGAACUUCUUCGAAAACAACGUUCCCAACCGGUCGUCUGUCGUUCCCGAGAAGUAUCAAUCGCGGCGCAUUACUCGAUUGCAACAACAGCGAAUUGUGGAACAGAUGAAACUGCCACCAGCAUCAGACACCGAAGGGGAAGAAAACGUUGAACCAACAACUCCGGCACCUCCAGUGGAUGUUCCCGUCAGCUUUUCGCAUUCACCCGUUGCCUGCUCCACAAUGCCGCUGCGAUCGCCGGGCAUCGGCACUAACCAUUCGAUGUCGAUCGUAAACAGCACACGCGGUGGUACAAGACGGCUAAAGCCAGCCGCUAAAAAUUGUCCCAUCAUAUUUUAACCCCCGUUUAACCGUCCUCUGGCGCGCACGCCUUGUUGCAUAUUUGUGUAAUUUACAGUUAAAACAUGCAGAAAAUUUGUAAUGCGAGAAGAUUGUAAUCAUCACGUAAGUACGUACGCUUAACAACAUUGGCUUAGGUCUAAUCUCAUGCUUAAUGUUGCAUUAAACGAUCGAGAGAGAGAGAUGUUAACAUUUUAACGAACGAAUAGUAGAAUAAUUUAAUGUAGAAACCCUACAAAAUAAGGGCACUUGUGUAUGUGUUCCACUGGAACUGAUUCGAUGCAGUACCACAACGGAUCACGUUUCCCCUCGGUUUUGCGAUUAAUUCUUGUUCAGCUGUCCCGUAGAGCUGCACAGAAGUGUGAUCUCUUCCGAACGCACAGCGGUUAACAAUAUUAUGUACAAAGGAUUAUUUUUAUUAUUUGUUUAUUUCAACCACACCAUUUAAAUUCUAAUGUGUUUUUUUAAUACACACAACUCUUGCGUUGGAAAACAAAUGGUCGCGGGUAUUGCUCUCUUUCUGAUUUUCCCUCCUAAACGCACCUGACGUGCAUUGAUAUUGAUAAGAGAAUAAUUUUAAGCUGAUCGAAACUUUGCUUAACUAUCGGUACAAAAUCACUUUAAUCUACUGUUAACGAAUAAAAGAAUUAUAAUCAACUAACCGAAA